AUGAGUGAUCGUAGCAAUAUUUUAAAGAUAUUCAAUCCUCCUAAACCUAAUGGAAUUGGUGAACAAAAUAAUAACAAUCAAGAUAAAAGUAAGGUAGAUGAAGAUUGUAUUGGUUGUAAUGCAUUCAGCUCCCUAUUUUCACUUGUUGGUGGCAGUUAUCUCUUAAGUGGAUAUCCAACAAGAAAAAGCAAUCCCCAAUGGACUGAGCAGCAGUAUAAUAAGAUUCAUCCAAAAUGGUGGAGAACUUCAUUAAGAUCUGUAGGUGGACUUGUAGUCUUUUUUGGUCUUUAUAGAGCUGUUGAAACCUAUCAAUUGUGGAGAAAAUUAGAAAACCCCAUUUCACAAUAA